AUGUAAAUUCUACGUGUGGAUGAGUUUAGUGAUUUUUUAGAGAAGACACUUAAUUUGAAAGCUGAUUGUUAUUUAGCAUCUUUAUUUAAAUAAUUUGGUCGCUUCUUUAAUAUAGCAAAAAGAAUGAUUGAAUUGCUGAUUGAAUUAGAUAAACAUUUUGAAUAAGAAAAUAGAUCACGUACAUUAAUUAAUAAUGCUAUUGCUUUAUUAAAUCAAUUUUUUAUAGAGCAUGUAUCAUUUGUUUAAUGGAGUUAUUGUGAAUAAUUUAUUAUUUAGGGUAAUGAAAGGAUUACUUAAAUCAGAGCUAAUAUACAUCCAAUAUUUCAUUAAUUCGAUUAAACAAAGAUCAAGAAAUCUUUAUGUGAAGUGUUGUUACAUCUUCAAGAAAAGAAUACACAACUAUUAUAAUAGAUGACAUUAUUAUCUAAUGAAGUAAAUCUCCAUUAAAUUAUACUUAAAUAAAAGGAAGAAUAAUACAAGGUAUUUAUAUAUAAAUUAUAAGAAAUUUAAUGAUAAUAUUGAAUACAUCAAAUAAUAUAAAUAAACUGAGGAUCCUGAAUUUAAGAAAUAUUUUGCAUUAUUCAUCAAAUUACAACCAUUACAAUAAUCAAGUAAGAUAAUAUAUUAGAUUUAGAGAUUCUGUAUGAAUUGUACAAAACAAUUAUAUUAUGUUUAAUAAAUUGUUCUAAUUUGUUAUGUCUUCUAGAAAUACCAAUUGAAAAUUCCAAGAUGGUCAAAUAGAUUGGUAAAAAGAACCUAAAAGGUAAUACUCAUGAAGUGCAAUUAUUAAUGAAAUAUAGUUAAAUUCUAGUAAAUAAAGAAUAGAUUUGGAAUACAUUAAAUAAAUAACAUUAUGAAGAUUUGGCUGAAACUAUUAAAUUAUUAGAGAAAUAGAUAUUCUAUAAGUAACCAAAUGAUCCUUUUAUCAUACAGUGUAAUUUAGGAGAAUUGAGAUCCAUAUUAUCAAAAAAGGAAGUAUGAUCAUUAUUAUACUCUCAGAAUCUAAUGUAUCAAUUAUCCAAUUAAUUCAAAAAACCAGAAGUAUUAUAGGAAUGGAAUACAAUUUAACCAUUAGGAUUAAUUACAUUAUAAUAAUUAUAGGAAAUAGCUGGAUAAUUCUUUGGUCAUUUGAGUACUUUUGUGAGAGUUACUUAAGUAUAUUAGAAUACAAAAUAGGAAAUAUCUAAAUUCUUUGAUUAGAAUUUUGGAUAGAUUGUUUAAUUAGAAUGUAAUGAAUUUGAUUAUUUGAAUAUUUGA